CUGGUUCAGCUCGGACAUUUCGCACCACCAAUCGUAGGUCAGGUUGGUGGUCGUAGAUCUUGUUGGCCGCGGACCUUGGCGCGUCCCCCAUUUUUGGAAUCAGCAUUAAAAAACGAACAGAUUUAAAAAAAAAAAUAAUUUUUAGAGCGUUGACUGGAGGUCGACAUAAUUACCUAUGGCCUUAUUGUGAUAAUUUUUGGCAAACUUUAAACGCGAUUUUGAGGGUGAAAACGGCGUUUCCCCCAAAAGUGUUAAAUGUAAAAAGUGCUCAAAAAAGUCUAAUUUAGCAUCCUUCAAGAUCCUUGGGAAUAAAUCCAUAAUUUAUUGUUCAUCAUGUCAACACAAGAAGCAAUAUCUAUAGCUGAAGGAAAUUCUGAACACGAAGUUGAAUUUCCCUCUGAGUCAAAAAAGAGAACUUCUUCAGAGAUUGAAAGCUUUUUACCACCAAACAAAAAGAAAAAAGACCAUUCUGAUGCAGAGGUGAAACAAAAUACUUUAUCUAUUGAGGAGGAUCAGCAAAAGCAGGGAGGAAAUGAUUGUAUGUCUGUUGACUGUAAUAAUGACAACAUAGACACAGUUGUAGUGAAUGAAGAAACUACUCCUCCCAUUGAAGCUCAGGCUACAACUGUUGAUGAUAAAACUGAUUCUAAUAAUGACCAUACCAAAGCAGUCAUAGAUAAUAAUGAAGAAACCAAUCAAGACAAAGUUCAGGAUGCAGAUGUUGUUAACACUGAUUCUAAUAAUGACCAUACCCAGGCAGUCAUAGAUAAUAAUGAAGAAACUGACUGUGACAAAGAUCAGGCUACGGCUGUUGUUGAUAACACUGAUUCUAAUAAUGACCUUACCAAGGAAGUCAUAGAUAAUAUUGAAGAAACUGACUGUGACAAAGAUCAGGCUACGGCUGUUGUUGAUAACACUGAUUCUAAUAAUGACCUUACCAAGGCAGUCAUAGAUAAUAAUGAAGAAACCAAUCAAGACAAAGCUCAGGCUACAGCUGUUGUCAUUAGCAUUGACUCUAAUAUUGACCAUACAAAGGCAGUCAUAAAUAAUAAUGAAGAAAUUAAAAGUCCAGAUGCAGCUCAGGCAUUUUGUUUUAUGCCUUCAGGAAAAAGAGCUUCUUCAGUGAUUGAUAGCUUUUCACCCCCAAACAAAAAGAAAAAAGACCAAUUUGAUGCAGAGGUGAAGCAAAAUACUUUAUCUAUUGAGGAGGAUAGGCAAAAGCAGGGAGGAAAUGAUUGUAUGUCUGUUGACUGUAAUAAUGACAACAUGGACACAGCUGUAGUGAAUGAAGAAACUACUCCUCCCAUUGAAGCUCAGGCUACAACUGUUGAUGAUAAAACUGAUUCUAAUAAUGACCAUACCGAGGCAGUCAUAGAUAAUAAUGAAGAAACCAAUCAAGACAAAGUUCAGGAUGCAGAUGUUGUUGAUAACACUGAUUCUAAUAAUGACCAUACCAAGGCAGUCAUAGACAAUAAUGAAGAAACCAAUCAAGACAAUGCUCAGGCUACUGCUGUUUUUGAUAACACUGAUUCAAAUGACUAUAGCAUCUCAGUCUUAGAUAAUAAUGAAGAAACCAAUCAAGACAAAGCUCAAGCUACCGCUGGGGUUGAUAACACUAAUCCUAAUAAUGACCUGACCAAGACAGUUAUAGAUAAUAAUGAAGAAACCAAUCAAGACAAAGCUCAGGCUACUGCUGUUUUUGAAAACACUGAUUCUAAUCAUGACUAUACCAACGCAGUCCUAGAUAAUAAUGAAGAUAAAGCUCAGGCUACCGCUGUUGUUGACAACACUGAUUCUAAUAAUGACCAUAUCAAGGCAGUCAUAGAUAAUAAUGAAGAAACCAAUCAAGACAAAGUUCUGGCUACAGCUGUUGUUGAUAACACUGACUCUAAUAAUGACCAUACCAGUGAAGUUAUAGAUAAUAAUGAGGAAACCAAUCAAGAUAAAGUUUGGGUUACAGCUGUUGUUGAUAACACUGAUUCUAAUAAUGACUAUAGCAGGGCAGCCAUAGAUAAUAAUGAAGAAACCAAUCAAGACAAAGUUCUGGCUACAGCUGUUGUUGAUAACACUGAUUCUAAUAAUGACCAUAUCAAGGCAGUCAUCAUAGAUAAUAAUGAGGAAACCAAUCAAGACAAAGCUCAGGCUACCGCUGUUGUUGAUAACACUGAUUCUAAUAAUGACCAUACCAUGUCUGUCGUAGAUAAUAAUGAAGAAACCAAUCAAGACAAAGUUCAGGCUACCGCUGUUGUUGAUAACACUGAUUCUAAUAAUGACUAUAGCAGGGCAGCCAUAGAUGACAAUGAAGAAACUGACUGUGAAAAAGUUCAGGCUACCGCUGUUGUUGAAAACACUGAUUCUAAUAAUGACCAUACCAUGUCUGUCGUAGAUAAUAAUGAAGAAACCAAUCAAGACAAAGUUCAGGCUACCGUUGUUGUUGAUAAUACUGAUUCCAAUAAUGACCAUACCAAGGCAGUCAUAGAUAAUACAGAAGAAACCAAUAAUGACAAAGUUCAGGCUACCGCUGUUGUUGAUAACACUGACUCUAAUAAUGACCAUACCAGUGAAGUCAUAGAUAAUAAUGAGGAAACCAAUCAAGAUAAAGUUUGGGCUACAGCUGUUGUUGAUAACACGGAUUCUAAUAAUGACUAUAGCAGGGCAGCCAUAGAUAAUAAAGAAGAAACUGAUUGUGAAAAAGUUCAGGCUACUGCUGUUGUUGAAAACACUGAUUCUAAUAAUGACCAAACCAUGGCUGUCGUAGAUAAUUCAGAUGAAACCAAUAAAGACAAAGUUCAGGCUACCGCUCUUGUUGAUAACACUGAUUAUAAUAAUGACCAAACCAUGGCUGUCGUAGAUAAUACAGAAGAAACCAAUCUAGACAAAGGUCAGAUUACAGCUGUCGUUGAUAACACGGACGGGAAGUUGAUAACAACACAAUGUGAAUUAUUGAAACCUCCAAAUCAAGCUAUCAAAUCAGAUUUUCUUGACUCUGAUUUCAAAAAGGAAGAAAUAAUAGAACCUUCUGUGAUUGAUCCUGACAAAAACUUUGAAACAAAAAAAUCAGAUAUAAAGGCAGAGGAAGAACAGCUAUCCACCAGUAAAAUUGAAAUGCUGGAUACAUCAGAUGAAUACCAGAACGAAGGUAGUUGUAGUACUGAUCAUGAAGACAUGUUGAAUUCCUUUGAGGAUACAAUCGAGACUUGGAAGAUAUGCAAGGAAAUUAAAAACAAUAAUCCAACAGAAACUUUGGAAUCUCCAACUGUUGGUCAGGAACAAACUGACAAUGGAGAAUCUUCAGACUGUGAAUAUAAACAGUCUGAAAUAGAAGCAAUGGAUGUUUCAGAUGAAGAGGACAACAAACGGGAAAAUAAAUUUGAGGUAUUGAUGCCUUGGUCCAUUAAAACUGAUGCCAAAGAAGAGUAUAGACAGCCGUUAGCAGACGAUCCUGUUUGGAAAGAUCGGCUCCCUCCUCCCCCAGGCUGUGAGUCCCCUCCCCCUCUCACCGUCCCUACCAUGGACAAGACAGAUGAUACGAGCACAGCCCAAAAGUUCACUGUCAAUUCUACCCUGAACACAGAGGACAUAUUAAAAUCCUCCACAGCUGCAUCUUUUGGACGAUAUACAGUGGAAUUUGAAAUUAACCAACUGCCUAAAUUCACCAAGGAUUAUUUAACAAGACACAUAUGUCUGGAAAACAUUGUGGAGAAAUUUUCUGGAGCAACCGUCAACAUUGGAGGGCAAUAUAUUUCUUCCUGGACCGACAUGUCCAAGUCCGAAAUUACUUCAAUUAGACCUCUCCAUCUUCACAUCAAUGGACCCUCUCAGCAGUCUCUUGAACUCGCUCUCAAGUAUAUAACUAAGCUAAUCGCCGAAGGAGAAGAGGAUAAAGAUGUCUUAGUGUACAAGAUGUUUUUGGGAUUAUCAACAAUUCCCAGCGACUUUGACUUGAACAAACACAUUGUGGGUGACAACGGGGCUAAUCUGCAAUACAUCAUGGACAUCACUGGUGCCGAGGUCACUCUCCGAGGCAAGAGUAGCGGCUACCUGGAGAUCAACUCUGACCAGGAGGCAGCAACACCUUUACAUCUCCUGAUACGGCACACAGACUGUCAAGGGUUGAAUCAAGCUAAAGAAAUUGCAGCUAACCUCAUACAAACCGUUGGUGAAGAGUUGAAACGAUUCAGCUCUCAGAGUCAACCGAUUGCUGUGGAGCUUUCAGCUUACACUGGCUCGUCUCUGUCGCUAGCACCCGAUUCAAUACCCUCUGUCUUACCUUUGCCAGUUCCUUUGCCAGAUUUUUCAUCCACCAUUUCUUUACCGUCUGGCAAUCCAAAUUUAUAUUUACAAACUGUAGCUCCUGCACAAACCCAAACUAGUUCAGUUUCCGAUAACUUUACUCCUGCAGUUAAUACUACCAUUGCAGUAAAUCCAGUAAAUCCUCUAGGAGUAUACAAUAUUUCAUCCCAAGUAAAUCAGGCCCCAAUUUUACCACUGUUAGGGCCAAAAGUUGUGUAUGAAGCUGCGCCUCAGUUGAUUACUCAAACCGUACAACCAAGCUCAACCUUGUACGGUACUAACUUGACUAGACCUAAUUUAAUUCACUUGUCUUCUAAUUUAACACGGCCAACUGUUCCUGAUUUCCAAUUUGCUAAGCCUGCCCCCCCUCAACCCAAAAUAUUUUGCUUACCCAACGUAAAUGUUCCUCCUCCUCUCAGAAAUCCUCCCCCAACUACACCACCUCAUCUCCGACCCCCAGCUACUUUAACUAGCACACCUGAAAUGCGCAAUGCUUUGACGUUCAGGCCACAGAAGCAUAGUCAAAUAGAGGUCAAGAGUGUUAAUGAAAAUGUGACUACAAAAGUAAAACCUAAAAAGAUACAGUUCUCAAUCAUUAAUGCUAGCAAAUCAAAUAAUACAACACCUGCUAAUCCAUUGAUGACGAAAAAAUCCACAGAAGACACAAAUUGCAGUAAAACAAGUGACAAGUUAAAUGUUCCAGAAACAUCAUCUGGAGCUCAAACAAUAAAUUCAACUGGGGAAAAAAUCGCCAAAACAAGGUGGGGUCAGAAACCUGAGGAUCCAAGCUCCUUAGGCAAAAUCAAUCAGUCAUUGGCAAAACUGGCAGGACUUAUAAAUGAAAUGCAAGUCGGAAGGGAUAAAGCUAGACUAGAGAAUAUUAUUAAGCUACUGAGAUGCGCUCUGCCAAAAACAAAUGAAAUAAACGAAAUGAUAAGGGCACAACUGACAACAAUGGUGGAACUUCUUCAGAAAACACUGUUGUGUUUACCAUCAAAUCAACUUUCAAAAACUAUGUGGGAAGUUGUGAAACUGUUGAAAGCUGAGUUUAAAAUUGUAAUAGGUAAUUCAACCGACACUCCGGAUAUAACAUCAAGUAACAACAAGGAUCAAGCAUUGAACGAAACUAAGGCUCUUAAUGAAGCAGAUAAGAAAGAAUCUAGGAGACAAGAAAGAGAAAGUGAAAAAUCAUAUACAAGAAAUGAUACGUCUUCCUCACGGCAUAACUCUCAAGAAUCUAAGAGUGCAAGAGAAAUUCACAGAACAUCCUCAAGUAGAUUGAGUGAUACACGUAUGGAAAGCGGACCAGACAAGUAUAGUAGAUGGGAAAGUGCCCCUUCAAACCGUAAAACAUCUGCAAGUAAAUCAAGUGAUGAGCGGAAGGAAACUACGUCAGACAAUUACAGUAAACCAGACAAUGGGUCUUCAGACAGAAGAACAUUUACAAGCAGAUCAAAUGAUGCACAGAAGGAAAUUAGAUCAGAAAAGUACAGAAGACAGGACACCGAGUCUUCGAACCAAAGAACAUCUUCAAGCAGAUCAAAUGAUGCACAGAAGGAAAUUAGAUCAGAUAAAUACAGUAGACAGGACACUGAGUCUUCGAACCAAAGAACAUCUUCAAGCAGAUUAAAUGAUGCACAGAAGGAAAUUAGAUCAGAUAAAUACAGUAGACAGGACACUGAGUCUUCGAACCAAAGAACAUCUUCAAGCAGAUCAAAUUAUGCACAGAAGGAAAUUAGAUCAGAUAAAUACAGUAGACAGGACACUGAGUCUUCGAACCAAAGAACAUCUUCAAGCAGAUCAAAUUAUGCACAGAAGGAAAUUAGAUCAGAUAAAUACAGUAGACAGGACACUGAGUCUUCGAACCAAAGAACAUCUUCAAGCAGAUCAAAUUAUGCACAGAAGGAAAUUAGAUCAGAUAAAUACAGUAGACAGGACACUGAGUCUUCGAACCAAAGAACAUCUUCAAGCAGAUUAAAUGAUGCACAGAAGGAAAUUAGAUCAGAUAAAUACAGUAGACAGGACACUGAGUCUUCGAACCAAAGAACAUCUUCAAGAGAAAGUGACAGAAAACCAAAUUCAAUUAAUGUGAACAUUGAAGCUUCUUCCUCUACGCAAUCUAAAACUCAAAGUAAUGAAUUGAAUAAAAUUGUGGAACUAUUGCACAAAGCGUUGAAUGUAGCUACAAGUUCGUUAGGAAAUAACAGUAUAAAAAAUGAAUUAGAAAAAAUUGCCAUACUUUUAAAACAUUCUUUACCCACUGAUAAGGAAGCCUCAGAUGAUCAAAAAUCUAAAUUUUUAAUUGUUUUAGAUGUUUUGGAACAAGCUUUGCAGAGAAAUACUUCUACUUUGGGUAAUAAAGCGACAAAUUUGACCACUGUCAUAUCCUUAUUGAAAAGAAACCUGAAAACUAACACAGCACCCACAAAACAAGAAAGAGCACCAAUGAAGUUGGACAGCACACCUGCACAGUUAUCAGCAUCAAGACCACUUCCUCAAGUACAAAUUAAAAAGGAAAUAGAUGUUCAUCAACCAGAUCCAUUUGUUCAUAUUAUUCAAUUGUUGCAGAAAGCUUUAAAAUCCUAUGCUGGUACUAUAGAACAUGGUUUAAUGAAGACACAAUUGACUGUUAUAUCUCAGUCUUUGGAAGGAGCAGUAUCAAAAUGUGGAAAUACAACUGAGAUUGAACAAAAGAAUCUAUUAAAACUCAUCGAGUUGUUGGAACAACUUCUUAUCUCAAAUCAAUCUUCAUCAAAUAACAAGCCAGUAGAAUUGUUGGGAAUCAUGCAACAGUUAAAGAAUGCAUUGCAGCAAAAACCUGGAGGAAGUACCUCUAAAACACAACAGUUUGUUCCAAAACCCACAAGUCAAAGUAGCACUUCUUCAUCUGCUCCCCCAAAUACCCCGAAAGUUUCAACUGAUCAGCAUCAGUCUGAGCUUUUACAAAUCAUACGACUGUUACAACAAGCUCUACACAGUUAUUGCAGUGUCUUGGAUCAAGGUUAUCAGAAAGAUAAACUUGCACAGAUAUCUCAAAUGUUGGAUAGAGAAUUGGAAGAGUACAAAAACACCAUGUCAAUAGAUCAGUUAAAAAAACAGAUGUCGCCAUUGAUUGCCAUGUUGCAGCAAACUCUUCAAAAUCAGCAGCCAUCGAAUAAAUCAAAGGGGCUCUUGCAAAUCUUGCAACAAAUCGAUAAAGUUAUGAAUCCGCCAGCUCCAGUUGCAACAAAUGCUUUCAAUGCAACUCAACAUGCUAAUAUGCUGGGCAGCUUGCAACAACUGAACAUGCUUCAGCUACUUCAGCAACAGAUGCAAGGUGGAUCAAAGAUGGCAGCACCUUUCCAGUCCACACCGGUCCAGACUGCGUCUGCGCCUGCAAACAACAAUCUACUUCAAAUGCAGAUGAUGCAAAUGAUGCAGCAGCUGCAGAGUGCUCUGGUGCCGACUGGUGUAGGCGACCAGAUCAAUCAGAUCUCCCAACAGAUGCAAGCUUUGCAACAACAGUUGUUGCUACUGAACCAACAACCGCCGACAUUCCAACAACAACCGAUGCUGCAAUCAUUUUCUGCAGCCCCAGCCAUGUCCCAGCCAAAUGUGUCAGACUUGAUGAGGCAGCUGCAGCAACAGGCUUCGAAUCAGUUUAAGCGCAGUAAUUGAGCAGUAAUUUGACAAGUUCCAGAAUAGAAGAUCAGAUCGGGAACAUUUGGGGGGAAUACAUGUCACCAUAAGAUAAUACAGAAGCAUGUAAAUAAUAAACAAAAUUGUUUGUGAAAAAUAGCCCUUCUAAAAGGUUGUUUACUUACGUGUAAAUAUUUAAUAAUAGAAAAUCCACACAAAUAUUGCAUGUGGAUUUUAUGGACUAUGUAAUUAUUUGUAUUUAUUAUAUUUUUAUGUAUAAUAAAAAUGCAUUUU